UCUUGAGAUUCGUGAGCCGCGGCAGUGUUGCUUCGGCUUUCACAGAGGAAGGCAGACCACAUUUUAGUUCCCACUCGGAGAAGCCGCUUGUUAUGAGCUGAGUCACGAGGAACGCAUCCCACUUUUACCACUCUCGGAUUAAUUCCAAUUCAGAGAUGGCAAAUCCAGCUUUAUUCCUUCUGCUAACGUGCUUAGCGCUUUCUGCAAGCGCCACAAACGACACGGAAACCAAGAGCCCCUUCGUACCUGGCAGAGAGCCCCCCACCACCUCGGCCACCCCUACUACGAAAAAGGUGACCCCCACCCCUGAGAGCAGAGCCACAGACGUGACCAAGCCGUUCGUCGUUCACGCCCAGAGCGCCGGCAACGUCCUCCCCAACGGACCUUUCCGACCUCUGCCCCAACUGCAGUCCAGGUCGGACUCCUUCACAGGGAGCGAACCCACCUUCGACGUUCAACUCGCCUCCUCCCUGCCUGAACAGCCCAAGGCCCCGCCCCCAUCACCCCCUGUGACGACGCAGAGGUCCUACGCGCGACCGCCGCGACCUGUUGCCCCCUAUCCCUACGUCGUGCCAGCGAGGCUCCCUCAACCGCACCCCGUCAGGGCUCCUGUGGUCAGACGCGUUCCCAUAGAAAGUCUCAACCGCCCCCCAAGACACCCUGGACCUCGCGGACCUUCAGGACCUCCACCCAGACCUCCACCCUCGCGACCUCACCUGAUCUACUCCAAACCUCCCCCAGAGGUCAUUUACUACGGAGACGAACCCCCUCCACUGGACUACGAACCCCCCACCAUCUACAGACCGAGGAGACCUUCCUCCUCGGCCUACUACUCAAAACCCAUCCCGCCGGAAGAUGAGCAGGACAUCAUGAACAUCCUGGACCACUACAUCCCUGACGAGGAGCACCCUAUCAGGAAGAAGGAAGAGUCCUCCUCUUCUGGAAUGUCCAGAUUCAUGUUGCCCAUGAUGCUGAUGGGCGUGACCGUCAACCUGUUCUCCCUGAUGUACAACAUGCUGCUGAGAGGUCGCCGUCGGCGCCGGCGUGACCUCACUGACCAGCCGAAACUCGUUCAGCAGGUGCACGACGCCAUUGACAAGUUCGAAGAGAAAAUUAAACGGAAGUCGUGAGAUUGAAAAACACACCAAAUCAAACUGAACUGAAACAGAAAACUCAAAGUAUUUAAAAUCAAAUAUGUAUGCUCAAAAUAUAUUUUAUUAUUUAAACAUUAGGUGUUUGUGAAAGAAAGUGUAUUUAAAAGUGUGCGCGUGACUGCAUUAAAUAUUAUACUUAUCAAAAUAUAAUUAAAUGUACAGUGGGAAAUGUUAAUUUAUUUAAUUAAGUUAUCUGACGAAGUGAGUGCCAUUAUUACUGGAUUAAAAAUUCUAAGAUAAAAAAUAUUGGUUGUGAGAAAAGUUUGUAAAAAUUAUAUCAAAUCGAUUAACAGCAAAAAAUAUAUUUAAUAUUUGGUUGCUCUGAAGUGAAAAAAUAUUAUUAUAUCUUUGACUUUUUAAGAACAAAUGGAAUGAUAAAUUAUUAAAAAUUAUUUAAUUCAGAACUAGGUCACGAAAAGUGGCUUGAAUGUGAAAAUUGUAAUAUCCGCUGAUUAAUUUUAUCUUUUUGCAUGCAUGUUAAAUGUAAUAAACGCGAAAGAGAAACUGAAGCUACUCUCACUGCUCAUACCUCAAAAUCAUGCCGAUUUGCAUGCUUCUGUGAAUGAAAGAGCAGAGCGAUCGCACUGCUGACCGAGCGAAAGACUGGAUUUCUGGGAGUUCCCAAAGCGGCGGCGACCUCAGGACCGUUAUUUCGCUGCCUCCGCUGCACAAACGAGACGCACACGCGUUUAAAAGUCUCUCAUAAUAAGCAGGUCGCUCACCUUUAAUUGUCGCCGCUCAUUGUUUCCGCAAUUAAGCAAAAUUUCAGAGGUUUAAUUAUACUUCGCAUGACGGAAAUUAGGUCCCAUAAAUUUCACUGAUAUUUCGAAAAUUUAAUGAAUGAAUUUUAAUUGGGCCAUGAAACGCCCGCGUUUGAUUGUCAUGAUAAAUUAAUUUUUACAAAAUGUUUUAAUUAAUUUUCUAUGCGUAGCUUUUGACAAAUUAAUUUUUUUUUCUAAUGUAUUUGGUAAUCUAGAUUUUUAUUUUGUAAAAAUAUUUAGGAUUUUUUCUCUGAAAAUGGACAAUAUUUAUUUUUAGUUUUAUUGUUUGAAAUUGUCAUUGGGUUCUUUCCUGUGAAUGCAAAUUGAACCUUUCUUUUAGCGUUUCUAAAAGCUCAUAAGUUUUCCAUAAUCCACUGUUUGUCAAAGGCAAGCAUCCAUAAUUAGGUAAGAACACAACCUACACAUACAUGUAAGUUCACAUUUAGAACUUAAUUCCUAUAUUUCUCUAUGCAAAUAAUGGUUUAGCCACUUGUAGAGGUCAAAUAAGGUCAAAAAAUUGUAUAAAUUGAGAUGAAAAAACUGAAGCUCAGAAAUAAGAAUUAGCUAUAUUAUAAAAUUAAAAAUGAAGCAGAGCAGAUAAAUAAAUAAAUUCAA